CAUGUAAGAGGCCAGGCAGUGGUCCAGCGUUUCCGCAAAACCUCCUCGGGAUCUCCGGACAAAAUUCACGUCCUCAGUCUCAAUUGCUGCAACCUGCUGCAGGCGUCAACUGACAGGAAACUGUAGGAGGUUUUUCGCUUUAACUUUCUGUUUCGUGUUUAUUCGUGGUUCGUGUGUGUAUGAGAUACUCAGCGUGUAACUGAAUUUAAACCCGCAUUGAUAAACAGCUUUAUUUUCAGGACUUUACCUCAGCAGUGUGCUAGGAUUUCUGCAAAAGAGGAACAAAAUGAACUGUGGCCUGCUGACAAACAAGAACGAGCCAGUUCCACUGAAGAACAUCGAGGUGGAACUGCAAGUUCAGGGGCAUGUAGCGACAGUGACCUCCACCCUGAAAUAUCUAAAUGAGGAAGAUAACCCUGUGGAGGCUGUGUUUGUCUUCCCCAUGCCUUCAGGAGCUUCUCUCUGCCAAUUCAGCGCCAAGAUUGCAGAUCAGGAGAUAGUGGCUGAGGUGCAGGAGAAACAGGAGGCGCGGGAGCAGUAUGAUGAUGCACUGAGUUCAGGUGUACAGGCGUUUCUGCUGGAGGAGAGUGAGGAGUCUGCGGACGUGUUCAGGCUGAGUGUGGGAUCUCUGCCCCCACGCCAGAGCGCCUCUGUCACCUUCAUCUAUAUCAUUGAGCUGAGUGUGCAGGCUGACCAUUCACUGCAGUUCUGCCUGCCUGCAGUGCUCAACCCUCGCUACACACCAGCUGGUACAGGGGGUGGAAUAGUAUCAGAGAUAAGUGGUUCCACUGGUAUCCCCUACUCUCUCUCUUUUACUGCACACAUAAGCUCCCCAAACCCCAUCACUAAAGUGGAGUCCAAAUGUCCUCUAGAACCUCUGAUGUUCCUCAACACAGACCACACCAAGGCAAAGGUAAGCCUUAGUGCAGGUCACAUGUUUGACAGAGAUGUUGAGCUGUAUCUACAUUAUCAGAAUCCUCAUCAGCUCACUGCUAUAGUGGAGGCUGGAGCUCCUGCAGCACAGCCAGGAACUCUUAUGGGAGAUCCUGUGGUCAUGGUCAGUUUCUAUCCAGAGUUUCCUGAGUCAGUGAUGUCCUCUAUGUCGUCGUGUGGUGAGUUUGUGUUCGUUAUGGACAGAUCUGGCAGUAUGUCCUGCAGCAUGCAUAAUGGACCAGAUGCACAAGAACGCAUUGCCUGUGCCAGGGACACUCUUCUCCUGCUGCUGAAGAGUCUCCCCAUGGACUGUUACUUCAACAUCUAUGGUUUUGGCUCUAACUAUAAUUCCUUCUUCCCUCAAAGUGUGCAGUACAAUCAGGACACUCUGGAGCAGGCUGUGCAGAAGGUAAAGGAGAUACAAGCAGACAUGGGGGGCACAGAGAUUCUGCCAGCUUUGGAACACAUUUACAAGCAGCCUUGUGUCCUCAACCACCCAAGACAGCUCUUCAUAUUUACAGAUGGUGAAGUAGGAAACACCAAAGAUGUUCUUCACUGUGUGACAAGCAAUGCUGAUUUCCACAGAUGCUUCUCAUUUGGGAUUGGUGAAGGUGCAAGUUCUGCACUCAUUACAGGAUUGGCUGAGAACAGCUCUGGCCACGCCCAGUUCAUCACAGGAACGGAUCGCAUGCAGGCCAAAGUAAUGCAGUCCCUUCGCUAUGCUUUACAACCAGCAGUGACUGAUAUCACUGAGGACUGGUCUGGUUUGUCUUUCAACCGUCUGAGCCCCCAAAUUAAAUCACUGUUCCAUGGUCAAAGAGCACUGAUUUAUGCCCAAUUGAAAGGAGAGGAAUGUCAGAACCCAGAUGCUAAGGGGAAAAUAUCAGUGCGGUACCGCCUAGCAGAUCAAGAGGUCACAAACACUGUCGACUUCUCCCUGAAGCCUGCCGAGAACAACGGGAUGGCUAUCCACAGGCUUGGCGCUCGCUCUCUGAUCCGCUCUCUGGAAAGGGAUGAGCAGGUUGAUGGAGCUGAUAAAGAGGCUCUGAAGGCCAGAGUGGUGGACCUGAGUAAGCAGUCUGGAGUGAGCAGCUCACACACAGCCUUCAUAGCUGUCCAUAAGGGCAGCAAACAAGCUGUGAAGGGACCGCUGGUGAAGAGGAGAAUUCCUACACCGAUGAUGUAUGGAUCUGCAAUGCAUUUCUGUGCUGCAGGUAAGGGUUUUCCAGUGCUUGCGUGUAGUGCACCAAUGGCUGGAAUUAGAUCUGCGUUUAGUGCACCAAUGGCUGGAAUUAGAUCUGCGCGUAAUGCACAAAUGGCUCCAAUUAUCCUUGACGUGUCAGAUUUUUCAACAUGGUGUUCUGCUGCACCAGUGGCUGAUAUGUGCGUAGAUCUUCAACUGGUAGAGUGUGAUGGAGGUUUUGACAUGACCCCAGAAACUCUAGAGACUCCAAAGGACCCAUUGAUGCAGCUCAUCUCCCUGCAGAAGGCUUCAGGUUCCUGGGAAAUUGAGUCAACACUCGCGGAGGUGUUUGGGAAGACAGAAAAAGAGCUGAUCGAGCAGAUUCCUGCACAGGUGAAGCCAGAUGUCUGGGCUACACUUCUGGCUCUGAUUUGGUUGCAUGGUUUUAAGAUCGAUGCACAGGUUGAGUGGCAGUUUUUGGCCAUGAAGGCGGUGGCAUGGAUCCGCAGUCAGAAAGUGGUCAACCAGUCAGAGUGUGUACAGGCAGGAAACGCUUUACUGGGCUGUCAGGUUAAAGAAGAUGCACUUGGGCUCUAAAGACCCUCCUACAGCAUCCACACGAAAGCCUUAGCGUCUUUUCUCUUUUCAACCCUUUAAAAUAGCUUUAAUUUUGCAUGCCUUUACAUAUAAGGUGAGGAUAUCAGGAUAAACAUCUACAUCAUAAACAUCUUUGUACUUGUUUGUUUCUUAAUGGCAAAGCAUUUAAUUAAAAUACAAGAGCUAUAUGGUGAUGGUAAUAUAUACAGUAUGUGGGGGUUGAUCAGGGGUAUGAUAUUGUUGCUAUGCUGGUUAUUGAUGUAUCUAACAGUCACAGCCAUGUCUGAAUGGACAGAUGCAGUGUAAUGUCUAAAUGCUUUUCUCUAAAUUUUUGCUCUGUCACCCCUCAAGUCUUGCCUAUGGUGUGAUUAUACAUAUAAAGGUCAUAAACUCUCA